UCCUCCCUCCCUCCCUCCAUCCCUCCUCCCCUCCUCCUCCUCCUCCUCCUCCUCCUCCUCCUGCUGUCCCAGGGAGGGAGGGAGGGAAGGGUGCGGCCCCCGCAGCCGCGGGUCCCCCCCACGGAGCUCCCCAGGAAAUCUCCGCCCUCCCCGCGAAGUUAAAGGGAAGAGCCCGGCAUGGUCGAGAACUCUCCGGCCCCGCUGCCAGAAAGGGCAAUUUAUGGAUUUGCGCUUUUUUUGGGCUCGUGGUUUGGCUUCAUUUUGUACCUCAUCUGGGCUUAUGUUCCUGAGACCUGGCUCUUCUCCCUGGGACUGACAUACUGGCCUCAAAAGUACUGGGCAGUUGCUCUGCCAGUUUAUCUCCUGGUGGCUGUGGGAAUUGGCUAUGUUUUGCUUUUUGGGAUUAACAUGAUGAGCACAGCUCCACUCAGCUCCACUCACACCAUCACAGAUAACUUUGCCAAAAAGCAGCAGCAGAAGAAAUUCCAGGAGGAGGCAAUUCCAGCCCUGAGGGACAUUCCCAUCAGUGAAGUCAACAGGAUGUUCUUCCUCCCUGGAAAAGGCAUCUGAACAGCAGAUUUUAAUUGAAGAGAUUU